CACUUUGACCCGGUCCUUGUUUGGGUAUUGUAUCAGUGUCAUCAGCUCUCGGACUUGAUUAGAGUAGAGUGGGCGGCAUACUAGUACGCGGCUUUGAGCACGGUUACUGUUGUCGAUAUCCUUAUUGCAUCAUAAAUGUGGUAUUUUCUCGCUACCCCCCGCACUGGGUUCUUCAGGAUGGAUUCCUUCAUCAACAAGCUUAUAACUUACACCGUUAAUACAGGCUGUAUCACAAGUAUAGGUUCAGUGGCAACUAUAGUCACAUGCGCAGCAAUGCCAAACAACUUUAUCUUUCUCGGCGUUAGAUUUUUAGUAGCUAAAUUAUACGUCGGCUCGUUUCUCGCACUCCUGAAUGCGCGAUACUCCUUGCAGGGCAAUGCGAACAAUAUCGAUUCUGUCAACACGCACCAUACGCGCCAAUUCCUCUACCGACCGGAGCCGCACAUUAGGGUGCCACAAGUGGAGGAACUCCAGGCUUCCCGGGAGAAUAUAUGUAAACAUCUUGACGAUGAAGCGGAUUUUACUCGUCCUGUACAGAUUGACAUGCCACGGCCUCCACCGAUUGUCAUCAUAGUUGAGAUAAGUUCUUUCUCGUCAGCUUAAUAAUUUGUAAUGCAUGUAUAUUGUCCGCCUGUCUCUUAUAGACUUUUGAGACC